AUGUUGAGUAUUGCACUUUCGACAUAUGUUGUGAGCAGUACCCAUGACAGUCUAGAGAACAAACAGGGUUUGCCUGUAUUGAAUCAAAUUAUUAGCUGGAUGACUCUAGUUUCUUCCUCAAUGUUGCCGUUACUGAGCCCCACAUUUCUCUUUCAGCGACUGUUCAGCAUAUUGCUUUCCCUGAUGUCCACCUACCUGCUCCUCAGCACAGGGUAUGAAGCUCUGUUUCCACUGGUGCUGUCUGGUUUGAUGUUUGUGUGGAUAAACAUGGAGCAAGAGGCACUGCAGCACUAUGGUCUUUCACUGAAACCAAAGCUUGCUGCUUUCAACUUCGCCUAUGCUACUGAUAUAACUCAGUUUCGACAGCUCCACCUAGAUGACAUCCGCAGGUCUUUCUUCUUUAUUUUCUUCAUAGUGACAGCUUUUUUUGGCACCGGAAACAUAGCUUCUGUUAACAGUUUUGAUCCUGCAUCUGUCUAUUGUUUCGUGACUGUGUUCAGUCCCUUCGUGAUGGGAGGCUUGCUUGUGCUGAAGGUUGUAAUCCCGUUUGUUCUGGUAUCAUGUGCUUUCGAAGCUGUUCAAGUCACAGCACAACUGUCUUCUAAGAGCCUUUUCCUCAUUGUUCUUGUGAUUUCAGACAUUAUGGCUUUGCAUUUUUUCUUUUUGGUUAAAGAUUAUGGAAGCUGGCUGGAUAUUGGAACAAGCAUUAGCCACUACGUUCUGGUGAUGUCGUUAACCAUAUUUAUGAUGCUGAUGAAUGGACUGGCCCAGCUGCUAACUACACAGAGACUUGAACUUCCCAGAAGGACUAAGCACCAUUCCACGUGA